AUGGUGAAUGUGAGUUCUACAAAGAAGUUUAAGACUUCUGAGAGCUUAAGACAAGGAGAUUCUCUUUCUCCUUUUCAAUUCUUGCUGGUAAUGAAGAUUUUGUCAAAGCUUGUUGAUGAUGCAGUUAUGAAUAAAAAAAUCAAUGGCUUUCAGGUGGUAGAGGAUGGAAUAAUGAUUUCACAUUUGCAAUUUGCAGAUGAAAUUUUUCUUUUUGUGGAUGCUAGAGAGAAAGAAAUUAAUUUGGAGAAGAGUACAAUGAUUAGUGUUGGGAAAGAUGAAGUUGUUGAUACUCUGGCAAUGAAGUUGGGUUGCAAGGUGGAAGAAUUACCAUUUUAG